AUUUGAACGUUUAUUGGCAGACAUGAGGACAAUAGACCUGAAUAAAAUCUACAAUCGGGUUCACACCUUGUUAACACCACCAUUAGUCUCCCUUUACAUUCGCUGAUUGGUGAUUUACAUUUGCGACCAAACAGCAUGUUUACUGCUGUUUGCUGAGGCUUCGGGGGCUCUGAGGAGACACCGGGGGCAUUUGAUAUAAAAAGUGCAGCUUCCUUCAGCCAUCAGUCACUCCGACUUGGAAUUGCUGUCUGACUGAGGACCACCAUGCACCAGAAAACAUCUACUCACUACUUUGAGAUGCUGCUAUUUGGGAUCGGAUUGGUCACGUUGCUGUGCGCCACGGACGCACGGCCUUCCCUCAACUACCUGGAGGAUCACUUCACCGUGGAGAACGAGUCUGAGGAAGUGCGCUCAGCUGCGAUCAAAAGACUUUUGGAGGUUUUUGGGAUGGACGACACCCCUGCUAUCCACGGACACAAGCAGCCCCCUCAGUACAUGCUCGACUUGUACAACACAGUGGCAGAUGUGGACGGUGUGACCAAGGACCCUUAUCUGUUGGAAGGAAAUACUGUCCGGAGUUUCUUUGACAAAUUGCACAGUGAACAGGUGGAGUUCAGGUUCAACUUGUCCACUGUUUCCAGAGCUGAGAAGAUCCUCACUGCUGAGCUUCAUCUGUUUAAGCUGAGACCUCAGGCGACCCUGACAUUUAACAGACACCAUUUCUGCCAGGUCAGUGUUUAUCAGCUGCUCAACAGCAAAUCCAACAGCACACAGGACAAAAAGCUCUUGUCUUCUCGACUCAUCCCAGUCCACUCCACUGGUUGGGAGGUUUUCACCAUUACACAAGCAGUGCGUUCCUGGAUGCUGGAUGAGGGCAGUAACCUGGGCCUCCAUGUGGUGGUUCAGACCCUCGGUGGAAGUCCGAUGGAUAUGAAGCUGAUCCGCUUCGCUUCGGGACGCAAUCACCAUCAGAGCAAACAGCCCAUGUUGGUGCUUUUCACCGAUGAUGGCCGCCGCUCCUCAAAACCUCUUGAAAGCACAGAUCCAAACGACGCCACAUCCAACCUCCCCCGGCCCCUGUUGUCCAGUCCGUCAUCCCGCAGCGUCCGCUCAGUGGACGAAAGCGAAGAGGAAGGUGCGUCCAUGUCCUGCCAGCGUUUACCCCUGUACGUGGACUUCGAGGAGAUCGGCUGGUCAGGUUGGAUCGUGUCCCCGCGGGGUUACAACGCUUACCACUGUAAAGGCUCCUGCCCCUUCCCGCUGGGUCAGAACAUGAUGCCUACCAACCACGCCACCGUCCAGUCCAUCAUCAACGCCCUGAAGCUGAUCAAAGGCAUCGACAUGCCGUGCUGCGUACCUGACAAGCUCUUCUCCAUCAACCUACUCUAUUUUGACGAUGAUGAGAAUGUGGUGCUUAAACAGUACAACGACAUGGUGGCGGGAAGCUGCGGCUGCCACUGACUUCCGUUCAGAAGUCACUACUUUUGGGGUUUGGUCCUUCAACAACCAGCUGCCCUCUGACUCUGUUAUGCCAAGUCCCACAUGUGACAUUGUAAUAUAUGUAAAUAACCAAAAAUUAUAAUAUAUGGCAGUGAUGGACAUGAUAUUUUGUGAAAGAUGUAAAUGUGUAUAUUUUAUGUUUGUGUUUAUUAUUAUAGUCAGAAUAAAUUGUUGUCUUUGCUGCUUUGGGCGUCUAUAUGGUGUACAGUUACUGUUUUUGGCUUGUGUUAUGUCAUAUGUUUUGUGAGUGAUGUGCUGUAUUCUUGUGGCUGUACGGUUUGUGAAAACAAUUUUCCUGUGAAGGACAAAUAAAUCUAUCUAUCUAAAUGUUGUACAGAAGGUCAAAGUAGUGUUAGAUAUUAGUGUAUUAAAAUAUGUUUUUAAUAAAGUGUUAUUGAAUUUGUGGAGUAUUCAGAUUCUUUAACAGUAUUAAUAGAAUCCUGUGAAAAUACUC